AUGGCUGAUAAAUGUCAAGAUCACCCCACACAUGAAUUGAAGUUGUUCUGCGACACAUGCAAGGUGGCACUGUGUGCUGAGUGUUCCGUUAUAAAUCACCGACCUCCCGAGCAUACAAACAGGUAUCUGAGCGAUGUCGCAGAGGAAUAUCGGCAGGAGCUAAUGCAAAUGACUGAACAACUAAAAGAGAAAGAAGAGUCGGACAAAAGGACAGAAUCCGUUGCUAUGGCAACACAGAAUAGUCUAACACUUAAGUUCGAAAUGGAAAAAAAGAAACUGUCAGAAAGAGCUUCGGAAAUUGUCAGGAACGUGAAAGAAAGAGAGACUCAAUUAAUGAGAGAAUUGGAAACAGAAUACAGUUUGUACCAGAAGAGAAGUGAACUGCAAAUUGAGAAAAUAAAAAUUGAAAAGGAAUCUGUUCAUUCAACUCUCGGUAACAUAGAAAACAUAAUUGAGUCCAACAAUGCAACAAGUUUAAUUAAAACAAUUGGACAAAAGGGGAAUGAGGUAGGCCAAUUCAAUAAACCAACCGGUGUGAUAGUUAACCACGAUGGGGAUAUUGUUGUAGCAGAUAAAGGCAACGAUCGCCUGCAAGUCAUUAAUAGAAACGGACAAUGUAAACACAUUAUUGAAUAUAAGAAGUUUUGUAAGAAAUACAAAUGCAGUCCGUUUGAUGUUGCAAUUUCCAGCAAUGGCUUGUACUAUAGUUUGGAUGUAGCACAUAAUAUUGUUGUUGUCACUGAUGAUGAAGGUAACAUAUUAAGAUAUUUUGGGAUGGGAAAGCUGAAAGCACCAACUGGGGUCACUAUUGGUCCUGAUGGUUUAGUUUAUAUCGUUGAUUGUUAUGUUAUUGCCCAUAUCAAAAUCUUCACUCAAGAAGGGGAAUUUGUUAGAUCUUUCAUCUGUAAUAAAUCGAAACUUAGCAUUCCUUUCUCUGUGGUUGUUAGCAAUCACAGAAAGGUGUAUAUGGUUGACUCGAAUGUUGGUCGUAUCGCUGUUUAUUAUGAAAAUGGCACGUUUCUGUAUGACGUUCCCAUAGGUGGGAAACCUCAAGGCCUGGCCAUUGAUAAAGAUGGUUACUUGUAUGUAACGUUUUUCGAAAACAAAAUCAUUAAAUUUGACGAAACUGGUAAUAUCAUCGGUCGAAUUGACAAAGACAGUGACAAUAUAAAUAAACCUACUGGAAUUAUUGUAACUGAUGAUAUGAAAAUUGUUGUAGCAGAUACUGGCAAUCACUGUGUUAGAGUAUUUGUGUAA